AUGGAUCCCAAUGAAAUGCCUGCUGUGCCCUGCGGCCCCCCCGACUCCACCACUGGACUUGAGACCGGAGCCCCAUGGGGGAUUGAACUUGGCCCCAGAAGAGCUAUACGUCGCUGUGCCCGCUGCCAGAACCACGGCAUCACUGACCAAAUCAAGGACCAGGAGCACUUCUGCCUCUUCGAGGCCUGCGAGUGUGGCAAGUGUGCCCUCUCCUCGGAACACUGCAGCAUCUUGCCUGCUGAGAGUGCCUUGAAGUCGGAGCGGGGGCCACGCCGAAAGAGGCACCUGACUGAAGGACUGAUAAGGAGCACUGUGCAAGUCUUUCAGCUCCUUGGUUAA